CAUAAUACAGAUGGAAGUCCAGAGAACGGCACUGAAAAUGGUUAAGGAUCUCAGAACAGCUGCCAUCUAAGGACAUGUUGAAAACAAAAAGGAAUAGGGUCCUACUCUCACACAUUUAUGAAGAAUAUGAAGCAAACAGCUGGGUUUCAGAUCAGCCAAGGCAGAAGAGGAGAGGAGUAGAUUGAGAGUGGAGUUGGAUACACAGCACAAAAAGAAGAACGAAGGAAAGGCAGGUAAGAAGUUUCAGCUUUCUGCUUUAUUGAGAGCACGGGGAUUACCAGAUCUAGUCUGAGGUGGAAAAUGGGUCAGCUUGCAAACUAGGAAAAGGAGGAAAACUCUCCAAUCUGGACUACCACAGCAGGUAAAAAGAUCCCAUACUUCCCCAGCUGCCCAUCCAGACAAGUCUGUGGGACCAUGAGGCUGAGAUUAGCUCGUCUGCUUCUUCAGCCACUGUGGGGCUCUAAAGCCUUCUAUAAGCCUCUCCGAUAUGUGAGUAUUGGGCUGCCUAGACCUCAGAAGACCAUCACUGACUUUGAAGCCAUUCUUGAAGGAAAGCAGGCAAUACCAGAGUAUUUUAAUUUUGCCAGUGAUGUGCUAGACAUGUGGACUCAAAUGGAGAAGACUGGAAAAAGGCCCCCAAAUCCUGCUUUCUGGUGGAUCAAUGGACAGGGGGAUGAGGUAAAAUGGAGUUUUGAAGAACUGGGGAUCCAAUCCAGGAAGGCAGCCAAUGUUCUCUCAAGAGUAUGCAACCUGAGGCCAGGAGACCGACUGCUGGUGAUUCUCCCCAGGAUCCCGGAAUGGUGGUUGGUGAAUGUGGCUUGUAUGAGAACAGGGAUUAUUAUCAUCCCUGGAAUCUCUCAGCUAACUAUGAAGGACAUCCAAUACCGGCUACAGGCAUCUGGUGCCAAGGCCAUCGUUACCAUCGACUCCUUAGCACCUCAGGUGGAUGCCAUUAGUGCUGACUGUCCUUCCCUCCGAACAAAGGUGCUUGUCUCUGGAAGUAGUCGACAGGGCUGGCUGAACUUCAGAGAACUAUGCCAAGCUGCCCCUGAAGAGCACAAUUGUGUAAAGACCAAGAGUCAAGACCCAUCGGUCAUCUAUUUCACCAGUGGCACCUCAGGUGCACCUAAGAUGCUAGAACACACUCAAAUCGGCUAUGGAGUAGGCUUUUCUAUCUGUGCACGGAAGUUCAUGGACUUAACAAAUUCUGACAUCUUUUGGAACACAUCUGAUACAGGCUGGGUCAAAACUGCCUGGAGCUCAUACUCUACUUGGAUAACAGGAGCCUGCCUCUUCACCCACGAGCUUCCAAAGACUGACACCAGCCUUAUCCUGAAUACACUCUGCCAAAUGCCAAUUACUGUUUUUUGUUGUGUUCCAACCAUGUUCCAGAUGAUUGUACAGCAGGAUCUGAGCAGGUACAAAUUCAAGAGCCUGCGACACUGUGUAGCAGGAGGAGAGAGCCUUAAUCCCGAUGUAAGAACAAAAUGGAAGAGUCAGACAGGUGUGGAUUUAUAUGAAGGCUAUGGCCAGUCUGAAACUACUUUGAUCUGCGGCAAUCAAAUAGGCAAGAAAAUCAAGCCAGGUUCCAUGGGAAAAGCUUUUCCACCUUAUGAUGUCCAGAUAGUAGAUGAUGAAGGCAACAUCCUCCCUCCAGGAAAAGAGGGUAACAUUGGCAUCAGGAUCAAACCAAAGCUGCCCGUAUGUUUCUUCACAGGCUACUUGAACAAUGCGGAGAAAACAGCCUCUUGCAAACGGGGGGACUUUUACCUCACUGGGGACUGUGCCCAUAUGGAUGAGGAUGGUUACUUCUGGUUCAAAGGAAGAAUGGAUGAUGUGAUCAAUUCUUCAAGUUACCGGAUUGGACCCUUUGAAGUAGAAAGCGCCCUGUCAGAGCAUCCUGCCGUUGCUGAGUCCGCCGCAGUCAGCAGUCCAGACCCCAUCAGGGGGGAGGUGGUAAAAGCUUUUGUAGUUUUGAACUCAAAUUUCAUCAACCAAGACCCAGGGGAACUGACCCGGGAACUGCAAGAUCAUGUCAAAAAGUUGACAGCACCAUACAAGUACCCAAGGAAGGUGGAAUUUGUCCAAGAACUGCCGAAGACAGUCAGCGGGAAGAUUCAAAGGAGCAUAUUAAGAAAGAAAGAGUGGGGGAAUUAAAAUGGAACUGGGGAAUUCUUUAACUGACCUUUCAACAUUUCUGGCUAAGGCCUGGGUUGAUCUUCCUGUAGUUUUUAUAGGAAGAAUGCCUCAGCAUCCUUUGGAAUGGAAAGCCUAUUCAGGAUCAUGAUCUAAGGAAUCAACCUUUUGAUUGUCCUGGGUGUGCAUUGCAUUGAUAUCUAAUAUAAUGGCUAAUAGCUAUAAUAGUUUACAUUUAUAUAGUGUCCUAGCUUUUAUAAAUUGCUUUAGUCACAAUAACCUGAUUUAUGUAGUACAAAGAUGAUUAUUCAUAUUUUACAGAGAAGAAAACAAGUUCUUAAAAACUAAAAUCUAAAAAUGUGAAAAGGCAGUUUUUGGGUGAAGAAAUCAAUGCUAUCUAUAACUACAUGAAAAAAAUGCUCUAAAUCCUUAUGGAUUAGAGAAAUGCAAAUCAAAACAAGUCUGAGAUAUCACCUCAUACCUAUGAGAUUGGUUAAAACAAUAAAAGGUCAAAAUGACAAGUAUUGGAGGGGAUAUAGAAAAUGGGGACACUGAUAUGCUGUUGUAUUAUGAACUGAAUGUCAACUGAUCCAACCAUUUUGAAAAGCAAUUUGGAUUAUGGUCAGAGUUAUAUAACUGCGUAUAUGUUUUGACUCAGCAGUACCACUAUUAGGUUUAUUUCCUAAGGUGAUUAGGGAAAAACAAAAAGAACAUAUAUGUUCUAAAAUAUUUAUAGCAGAUCAAUUUGUGGUAGCAAAGAAAUGGAAAUUAAAACAAUGCCCUACAACUGGAGAAUUGUUAAACAAAUUUUGGCAUAUUAUUGUGAUGGAAUAUUACUGCAUCAUGAGAAAUGAUAAGCAAGUUAACUUUUUAAAAAAUACAUAGAAAGACCUAAAUGAAAUUACGUGAAAAGAGCAAAACCCAGAGAAUGCUAUAUACUGCAAAAGAAAUAUGGCUUGAAGAAUGACAUGUAUAUGUUCAAAUCCAGAGAAAAAACUGAAAAAUAGAAAUAAGCAAGACAUCAUUUUAUGUAUACAUAUAUCUUUUUGUUAAACACCACCUUUUUUAAGGAGAAAGGGGUAAGAGGGAAGAAGUUACCACCACAUUUUAAUGUAACAAAUAAAUAUUUUUAAAUUUUAAAAUAA